AUGCUUUCCCACACUCUGGACAUCACGGUUUGCACCUCCCGCACAAACACCCCUAACACCAUCCCAUCCCAUCCCAUCCCCCAACAAACAAACGGACAGAGUACUAACAACCCUUCCCAUCACAACAGAAGCACUUGAACAUCUCGGCCACCCCGCCAACGCAAAUCACCUUCAAAGACCUCGCCCUCCCCCGCCCCGCCUGCGCCGCUUCGCCGGUAGCUGGCUCCACUCCCUUCCCACUAUUUGCCCCAGCAGCGAUCCCGUUGCUACGAAAGUCCCUGCUGAACCCGGCCUACCUCGACAAGACCGCCUCGCCCUUCAAUAACCGCAACCUUAUCGUGCGCAACACGGCCGCACACUCCCAAUUCUUCAAGGACAUCUGGACUCAUCCUGAUGUGAUGAGGGCCGUCAGUCUCGCCGCGGGCGUCGAGUUGGAGAUUGUGAUGGAGACUAUGGAGAUAGGCCAUGCGAACGUCCAGGUCGAUAUGCAGAAGUAUGAGGGGCUGGAGAGGGGUGAGAUGUUGAGCAGGGUCGCGGGGGAGCUUACUGGUGGGAAGUUUGGCAAGGUUGGGGGUGGCAUGGCGAGGGUGGAGGUUGAGAAGAGAAGUGAAGAGGAGAUUGCGAAGGAAGUUUGUGGGGAGGGGGGUUGAUCGUGCCUUGGCAGUAAGUUUGUGAGAUGUUGAACCGGUUUAACAUAUUUGCUAACUAAGGAAUCAACAGUUACGACAGUUACCCAUUCGUCUGCGUUGCGAUGCUUUCAGACACCACAAACAUGGUUGGGGGAGAAACAGUGAUCCAGCGCGGUGAUGGCACCUACUAUGGCGUAAGCCCCCCCCCUCCAUCACUUCAUCCACCCCACUAACCUUUCCCACAGAUUUCGCAACCCGGAACUGGCUCCGCCGCCGUCCUCCAGGGUGGCUCACUCAAACAUCUCGCGCUUAUGGCCAAAAACUCCCCAGACCGAAUAACCCUAGUAACCUCCUACCGGGCGAAAGCCGUCGGUCUCUGGGACAUCUCCUUCCUGACAAACGUCAGACCCUACACAGAUCUAUCAGUGUUAUACCCGCAAUGGAGUGCCUACCGUCUGCGUGUCCUCUCCGAGAACACCGCCGCCAUGACCCGCCGCCUUGCCACUUCUUCCGUCUCACAGGCGGAGCUCGAAGCUUUCCUCCGGAAGCAACAAGAAUACCUACGCACCACCACAGAUCAAAUGGUCCCUAUGCCCAUCGUCUCCUCCGCUAUCGCGCAAGUAGGCAUGGACGGUUUCUACAAGGUGCUGGGAAUGUACCUAUCCAACGCGAUGUUCGCUAAUGCGCCGAGCGUCUGCCCGCAGUGCGGGAACGUCGGUAAGGUUGACAAGCAGCAUUUGGCGGAGUGCGUGAGAAUGCGAGAGUGGAGGCCAGAUGCAAGCGCUUGGGUCGUGUUCGAGGACAGCCUGAAGGAGAUGCGUGCUGGGAACGCUAUGGGGGUGGGGAAGACCACGAGGCCAGAUUUGGAGGAAGUAUCAAAGGCGUUCCGGAAAGAUUUCCAGGCGGGGAAGAGAGUCUCUUGGGGGAUCGCGGAUGAGUUGGCAAGGCUGGGCCUGGUCGAGUAUCUAUUGGAGUACUUGGGGCUUUUUGGGAUUGCUAUUGAGAAGUAA